CGCCUGCCAAUCAAACAGUUCUCAGCCAAUCAGCUGCUUUUGUCCUUUUGACUCGCUCUCCCGUCUAACAGCUCACCGGCAGCUUGUGCUUUUACCCCAUCCAACAUGUCGGCUACGUCCGUGUUCCCCAUGUGUGUCCGGGCGAGCCGGGGCCUCCUGCGGCUCCGGAGCGGGGCGGCGGGCGUCUCCUCCCCGGCUGUGGUGCACACAGUCCGGACACUCUCCGCGGAGAAGCCGCCGACAGGCAGCGUGACGGGCGGGCUGGCUCAGGCUAUCCUCCAGGAGAAGCUCCAGCAGCAGCAGAGCCAGGGCCAGCCCCCUCCUGAGGGAGGUGAGGGAGAGCGGGACGGGGAGCAGAAGGACGACAAGAAGCAGAAGGAGAACACGGCCUACGCUAAGAAGAUGGUGCUCCGACUGGCAGGGCUCAUGGGGAUCGGCGGGGCGGUCGGCAUGGUCUACUUAUUCGGCAGCAAUUCAGUGGACGAACAAGGAAACCCGAUUCCAGACGAGUUCGACAGAGGUGAGUCUGACAAAUAUAUAUAUUUUACAAUUAUCAUUACGCUUUUUGUUUUACACAACUUUAAACCACGGCCCAUUAAAUCAGUCAGAUCAGACACUUAGAGGAACAGCAUGAGCCUGUCAGGGACAAAAAUGACAACUUUGAGUGGAUGGUUUAGUUUUCCGUAAAAAGUCGAAAGGAUUAUGUUGCAGUCUGUUUCACAUCGCUUUUUGAAGCCAUCCAGCCCCAAAGAAUGAACCAAUAAGACUCUAAAAUAUGUAAAAAUCAAGAACCAAAAACUGUAAUUGCCUUUUUUUUUGGUCACAAGUCAGAUUUCUUCCUGGGACGAUUUGCAAUCUGCUUCAGAACAAUUAAAAACCAGCAGCAGAUUGCAGACUGAAAGAGGCCUUAUA